AUGAAUUCAAAACGGGUAAAUAAUGUGAUUAGCCUUUUGAUUAACGAAAUAAAAACAAAUGAGCAGCCAGAAAGCGCAAAGGAAUUGGCCAAAGAAAAGGGCAUAAAUGUUGCCAAGUCAUUUUUGAACAUUAACCAUUCAGGUGAAAACCUCCCCUGUGAGAGACCCAAACGAAACUGCCCAGCAGAAAAUGGGCAUGCUCGGAAAAGUGACCACGGUGUAAGUUCGCAGGAGGAACAGAAGACCACCCCCAACAAAGACAACCUGAACGAAGACAACCUCGAUGAUGACGUCAUCGGCGAAAAGGAAAAAGCGGCAUUGGAAUUUUAUGAUGAGCGGAUAGACAUUUUCGAAGAAGAAUACGUGAACAAAAAAUAUAGAUACUAUACCAAAAACUGCGACUCGAGUUUGUGCUGUUGCGGGUGCUUCAUUCCCGUUUGCUACCAAAGUCAGAGGCACGAGACCUACGUCAACCAGUACAGAAGCUUAUACGCGGUGAAUGUGCGUAUCGACGACAAGAGAGUUAUCUAUGAACACGAAAUAAAUGCAGCGGACAACAGCGGCGACGGCAAACGCAGCCACCAGCACGGUCAUCCAAAGAUACCACCCCCGGAGAAAAAAAUGACAGAAGAAAAAAGUCAUAACGAACCAACCAAGAAUGAAAGCAGCGAAAAUAAGUACCUCUCCCAAAUAUACUCCUUCCUAAAUUCCAGUUAUAUUAAAAGUUCUUUUGAAAGUAAACCUGAAAAUGGUCAGAACAAGAAGAAGAGAAGACACUUGUCUUCUCGAAAGGCGUAUGGCUACCUCGUGCGGAAAUUUAAAAAGGUUGCCAUCGAAUGUGACUUAUACUUGGAAGAAAUUCAAGUUCAAAAUGAAAAUGAGAAAUUCAUCGUUCAAAUGUUUGGGAGGAACUCCGUCACGUUAAAGAAGCUUUACAGAAAGAAAAACAUGAUUGACCAUUAUUUUUUCCUCCUAAUUUUGUUCAACAUCCUGUCCAAUUUGCCCUACACCAUUAUACCAAUUCAGAAGUUUGUAGACAUUUGCGACAGUUACAUAACCCGCGGCGUGAAACUCCUGAUGAAGUUGAACGCGUCCCACUACGGUAGGAAGAAGCGAAUUCACAAAAUUUACUUCGAAUCGGUUUUCUACCUAUUUGUGUCAAUAUGGAAUAAACACUAUUUUGACUUUUCCCUGUCCAACACCAUGGUAAUUUUGAACUUUUUUUACAAAAUUUACAUUAUCCUGAAGAAGUUGGAAAUCCGGAACGUAAACCUGUUUGACAACAUAUACGUGCUGUGCGCGUCUUAUGUGAACAAAAUAAACUCCAUGUUAUGGUUCAGCACGUACCUAAUCAUCAAGCGGAUGCUCAUAGACGAGUGCGAAAUAAAAAUCAUCAAGAAGAAAAAGACCUUUCUGAUUUUGCCCAUUUUCAUCGACAUUAUAAAAAUCCUGGACGUGUACGACGAAAUUAUAAAAAAAACAAACAUAAGUUCCUUGGUCAAGUUGUACGAAGAGCUGAAAUUAUUCCUCCUUUUUUUUUUCCACAAGUUGUUGUACAAUUUGAUAACAGAGCAGGACAUGCUUCCGCGCAACAUUUUUAAAUACCUCCAAAUUAAUAACAACAUCGCAUCCAACCGGAGAAGGAGAAGUGGCAGGGGGGACGAUUCGCAUAGGAGGGAAUCCAGUGAACUGCACAACAGCUUUUAUAAGUACACCAAUUCGAUCAAUGAGAACUUUGUUUUUUUUUCAUUUUUCGAAAAUUUUUGCUUGUUUAACAAUUUCACCGAAAGGGAAAAGACAAAUGACUUUUAUUCUUCCCUGUCCCUUUCGUUCAACUCGAUAAAUUCGACCAGCUCUUCCAACGAAAAUGACCAAAGGAGGGGUUCAAAAUACGCAAAAGGGCAUGCCGAAUUACCUGAACAUGGCUAUAAUAACACCUUCAGACAAAAUGAAGAAAGCGAAAAGUCGUCCCAAAUUAUAAGAAUGCACAAACACAAAAUUGACAUCCUUGAUAUGGAAUACAAUCACUUCUUCAUUCAUAAAUACAAAAAUGAAAAUAAAUUUAUUUUACUCAUUAAGAGUUACUUCAAUGAUUACCUAUGCGCUCUAGUGAACAGCCUGUACAUUUACUCGAAAAUUAUUUACUCCGAUAGGAAAUAUUGUGCAGCUGAAGGUAAUGAUGAUGGCGGUCCUGGUGAGGGGCACCACAAGGAAGGUAGCAACUCAGGGACGGAGAAUCAGCUAAAUAAAAAUGAAGAGGGAAACAAAAUGGGUGAGCAGAGGGGGGAUCUCCACGAGUCGUCCCCCUUGGUUGUCUCUUCGGCGGUACUAUCCUCAGGCCCCCCCGGUGAGAAGCGGCAUGACGGUGAGGAAAAUUGCAGUGUAGAUGGAAAAUUAGGCGCAAUGGUAUUAGACGCGGAUAAGAUGGCCCCAAUAGACAUUGGUGCUACUGACGUGACUGAGCUCCAAGUGAGGCCCGGCGAAGUGGACGAGUUUCACCUGAUCCACAGGCAGAAGGUACAAAAGCAGGAAGACAACGCGCCGAAAGGUACAGGGAAGAAGAGGAAAACAGGAAAAUUCCCCCACGCACACGCAAAAAUUGUAAACGCUUUGACAAGCUUCGUAGAAGUAAUAUACAAAAAUAUAUUCAAAAAAGUGAUCAAAAAAAUACACACAUGCAAAAGUAUAAGCGAUUUGAAGCUCUAUUCAUACAUAGAAAAAAUAUAUUCAAAUGACACGUACUACUGCUUAAAAAAGAGGUUAAAAAAAUUUUGCUUCGUUCUUUUCUUCUCCGUUACGCUGAAAAAUUUAAUUAAAAGUUAUGUAUAUAAAAUAAAAAAGGAAAAAGUAAACAAAAACAAUUUGGAAGAUUUCCAGUCCAUCCUCAUAUACGACACGUGCAGCUUUAUCAAAAUAUACAACCAACUAAGUGAAGCCAAUUGCAAAGAUUUUUUUUCAAAUAAAUAUAUCAACUUCCUCGUGUAUAUAAAAAACAUACUUACAUUGCCUCGUCAGAAACUGCUACUCUUCCCCGUUAAAAACAGACACUUUUUUUUCUACAUAAGGAGUAAACGAGUGGACAUCCAUUUUGACAGCUUCGUGGAAGAGUGCAAGUUGAAAAAUCAGCAAAUGAGCGGUGAAAAGACGCUCCCCAAAAUUUUCCAACAAGAUUAUUAUAUCCUCCCAAAUAGCAGAAAUUCGCAAAUUUCGCGAACCAAGUAUUAUGCAGCUGAUGAGGCAGAUCAUCCAAGGAAAAAUAUCCUUGAACAAGCCAUUUACAACAUAUUUCAGUCGCUCAAUCCGUUCAGCAAAGUGCAAAGGAGAAGCGAUGCGGAUAGCUACUCCGGAUGGGACGCUAAUCAGGAAUACAGCUCCAUCAGAUCUGUCCACCAUAGGGGGAAAGACCCCUAUGACAGCCCCACCAGCGUCGACACAGAUGGGUUUGUCCAGGAAUGGAAAAAAAAAGGAAUCAACAAAGAGGAAAGACGAAGGAAGAAAGAAGAAGAAGAAAAAAAAAAAAAUUAUGAACAUGGUCAGGUGGAAAGUGACGCGGAAAGGCGAAAUAUCCCAGCUAGCCAAAGCGAAAUUAUGAACAAUUCAGGAAGUGAAAAAAAAAAAUCAGCCACAAGUUCCCGCACGUCGGAGGGCGAACAAUGUGAUGGAGUCACCGCUCAGGAGUCCCAAGGAAGCGUCUCCAGUGGAGAGAGGAAAAGCGAAGACGACAACUCAGGUGUAGAACGGCACUCCUACAACGAACACAGCUAUAGCAGCCAAUCCGAUGUGAGCAGCCUACACAGUGGAGACCUCGAAGAACAGAAAUUUACACAGGGAAAGUCGAGUGUCAGCCCGUUUGAAAUGACGCCGGAAGAAAAAAAGUACUGCAUGAAGGUGUACAUGAAAAAUUCCAGCGAACAGUUUGACAGAAAAGUGAUGAUUUUAAAAAAUGACAAAAUUUAUUUUUACAACUCUGAGUAUGCCAUAUCGUACGAUUCUUUCUACUUCCUUAUGGAAAUAAAAAAAAUCUACUCGUGCGAUGGUUUCUUCGACUCGCUCAUUAAUUCGCAACGGAUAAGUGUCGUCAACUCGACGUACUCCUCCACGGAGGAUGAGGAGUUCAACUCCAGGAGCGCGGGCAGCCUUUCAUCGGAGAGCGGCUGGCAGAAGUGCGGCUUCGACGCGAAAAUAAUUUUCCACAACUCUCUACGUAAAAACAUACAGCUCAUGUUCAUUGAUGAGUCAUACGAAAAAAUGGUGAGCAGGAUAAACAGCUCCUUAGUGCACGAAACGGACAGAACAUUUGCAUAUACACAGUUGAGUUACGAUGAGGGAGUGGAAAGAGACCUACUCAGUCACUAUUUGCAGCUGAAUGUGAACGAGCAAGGCGAUAGUUCUAAAAGUUCCAGCUCCAAUGAAAGCAACAGUGCGUUUUCAAAUGGUGAGUCACGUGGCGGAUCGAGCAGCGACAGACCGAGUGACACACCAAGUGAUGCACAAAGUGAUCGACCUGGUGAUUCGCACAACGGCGGUUUCGUGGAGGAGACGGAGGAAGGCUCCUUCAGGGAUGCCACUCGUUCGUACGAGAAAUUCCAGUCGAGCCACGAGGGGGAAGACCCGCACAGCGCAGGUGAAAAAUGCGCACAUCCAACUGAUGCGCCCGAUGGAGAAAACCUGCUGAACAAAAUUUUGGAAGACAACCAGAACCUUCUUCAGGGGAACAAAAAUGAAACCCAAGGAAAACUGAAGAGGUACCCAAAUUUGAUCGAGUACAAGUACUCCUCCAGCACCACAGACAUCUAUAUAAGACAGAGGAAAUAUUUUGCCAAAAAAAAAAAAAUAAAAGUCCGGAAGGAAAACAAAAUGAAGCUUUUCAAAAAUAUCGACAAAAAUGACAUUUACAAUUUGUUCUACGAGGAAAUUUGUAGACUCUGCAAGAAAAAAAAUAACAACAUUUCCAAGACCAAUUCGGACGACCUUUUUUUCCACAAGUAUGUGAAUAAGCUGUACCAUACGGCCAACCUGGGGUAG